AUGUCUUGCCUAGGCGUCCACGUGUAUUUCAACUGCGGUUCGCGGAUCGGCCCGUUAGUCCUUGGCUUCCGUCGUUCGUCUACCCUUGCGAGCUUCCAUUACCUCCUUCCGCUAGAGGAGUACAAAACCGUGAAACGCUUCCACAUCAACGUUCCCCGAGGCGGUAUACCAGGCGGAACCCACACAAAUGAGGUGUCAGGAGAAUAUCAUAACAUACCCGUCCAUGAUAUCCGGGGACAUGAAGAUGAAUUUUCGCUUGACCAACACGGCUUCCAGGUUGCGAGAGAUCGGAACAGGGACACGGAAGCCGCACUCAAUGCUUUACCGGCUGAGUCCUUUAAUGACUCAAACUUGGUCAGGGAAAAGUACGGACCGGCCAUGGAGGCUCUCAUUAGGAACACUCUAGGAGCAGAGACCGUGCGAAUUGUGCUUGUGGCACUAUACCAGCCUCUUAUCAUGGCUAGGCGAUGCUGA